AUGCCGCGCAGCUUCCCUCAGGCCCGUCGUCUCCUCGGGGGGAUGGGGUUCGAGAGGAGGGAUGCCUACUUCUUCAAGCAGAUGGGCAAGGGCAUGCUCUGCACCUACGGGCUUUUAGCCGCAGCAUGGCUCUGGAAUGAUACGUCGCCGCUUGGUUGGUGGACGCUCAAGCCACGCCCCAAGGAAGAAAAAAAAAAGGCACAUCUUUAUGAGCGCAGGGAUUUUCCCUACCCUGGUGAUGAGCAUGCAGUUGAGGAGUUCAUAAAAAGUGGGGGCGCUCUAGGUACCACGAUCGGACCCAAAGGUUUUGCGGAUACUAACGUCGACUCUGAUAACAUGCAGAAGCAACUUAAGUCAAAAAAGUUUGACCAGGAAGCACUGAAGCUCUGGUUCCGGGUGAGGAAUGAGGUUGUACAGGAACUCCAAGAGAAGGGAUUUGAUGUUGAAUGA